CUCACAUUGUUCAAACAUUCCACGUCCAUUUAUUCGUCAUUGUUUUCGGUUGUCAGAAAAAGCGUCGGCAUCUUGACUUUCGAAAAAUCUCGACUUCCCAAAUUCGGCACUAUAAAUCUUCUAUAUGAAGACUCAUCAAGUCACAGCUGAAGGUCUAAUUAGUUUUCUGUGAUUGGCGUUCUUUUCAGUAGACUUAUUUUUCACACGGCAGAUUCGUUAAGCUUACGGUCAACUGUGGUUCUAAAGGACCGGGACUAGCUCUAUGCGGACUUACUUAUACUCAGUAUCAUUAAAUAUUUUGAAUAAUUUCAGUUGCUUGAAUAAUACUUUUAUUUGUUCAUCUUUUUUUCUUUGGAAUAGUCCGUUUACUACUGAUGACGAAUUUAAAAAUGUUGACAGCGAAUGUAGUCUACCUUUUACGGUAGUGACUGAUAUUAAUAUGAAAGACGUUCAAUCUCGGCUUCAAGCUGCCAAUGAAAAGAUUGACAAGUUAAAAAAAGAAAAUGCUGAAUUACGAGAUGCUUGGAAAAUUCAGCACGAUAAUUUAAUGACAAUAAGAUCAUUGAUUACAGUCUACUGUCAGGAUGAUGAGAUCUGAUCUGGAGUGCUUCGCUAUGAUUGACUGCAGCCUCUCAUAGAACUGAUCUUUAUGGCCGUUAUUGCAAUGAAUGGUGUGUGCAUAUCCUUGGAUAAAAUUCUUUGUGAUUCCCUCCUUCUUUGUUUUGAAGGACAUUUUGAUGAAUCUGGAUCC